AUGUCACUGGUUCUCUUGGGUGGGUUUGUAAAUGUUCUGAAACAGAGGACCGAGCCUGCAGAAGCUUUCACUGUUGCUGGAGUCAGUACUGAGGCUUCAUCUUUCAAGUGUACUCUGCUGGGUACACCUCGCAUGCCUGCAUUUUCAAAGGAUGGGGUCUUUAUCAUUGGAGGUGUUUCCUCCAUUCGUUACCAACUUUACACAGUGGUUUAUAAUUAUACCACCAAGCCUGAGCCUCCAAAAUGCACAGGGAGCUUUAACGCCCGGGGUCUGCGCUUCUUUCGCACAAUGAUCUUUGCCAUUGAGCAGAUAAAUAACAGCACAGAGCUGCUGCCUGGCAUUAAACUCGGAUAUCAGAUCUAUGAUUCCUGUGUCUCGGUCCCUGUGUCAGUGGAUGUUGCAUUUCAGCUAUCAAAUGGCCAGGAUCCUGUGUUUUACAAAGCCAGUAACUGUUCCCAAUCUGGAGUGGUGGUGGCUGCUGUGGGAGACUCUGGAUCCACUCCAUCCAUCAGCAUGUCACGCAUAAUGGGAUCCUUCAACAUCCCUCUGGUGAGCCACUUUGCAACUUGUUCCUGCCUGUCAGAUAAACAGCAGUUCCCAACUUUUUUUAGAACAAUUCCCAGUGACCAGUUCCAAGCCGACGCGCUGGCUAAGUUGGUUAAACACUUUGGAUGGACUUGGAUAGGUGCCAUCCACUCGGACUCAGAAUAUGGAAAUAAUGGAAUGGCGUCCUUUCUUGAGGCAGCACUAAAAGAGGGGAUCUGUGUGGAGUACACUGAAUCCUUCUUUAGAAGCAACCCACGAAGCAAGAUUCAAAGAGUUGCAGAUGUUAUCCGUAGAUCAACAGCGGUGGUUGUUGUAGCGUUUACAGCUAUUGGAGAAAUGAAAGUCUUGUUAGAAGAGCUAUCCCGGGAUCCACCGCCACCUCGUCAGUGGAUAGGAAGCGAGGCCUGGGUUACUGAUCCAAACUUGAUGAGCUUCAGUUUUUGUGCAGGGGCCAUAGGAGUAGCCAUUCAGCAAUCUAUCAUCCCAGGUCUGAGAGAUUUCCUUCUGGAUCUCUCUCUCUCUGAAGUGGCUGCUUCCCCAUUGCUUACUGCGUUCUGGGAGGACGCAUUCAACUGCAGCUUGAUAGAAACUGCUAACACAGACAAGAGAGAGUGUGAUGGAACAGAAGAUAUUACAACCCUUAAAAGCCCGUACACUGAAACAUCUCAGUUAAGAGUUACUAACAUGAUGUACAAGGCUGUUUAUGCAAUAGCACAUGCCAUUCAUAAUGCAGUAUGUCAGGAAACAAAUACAACCAUACACUGUGACAAACAUUUCAAACUGGAGCCCAAACAGGUUUUUAUUGAAUUAAAAAAAGUAAACUUCUCUAAGAAUGGCUACCAUGUCUCAUUCGAUGCUAAAGGGGAUCCGAUGGCUUUUUAUGAGCUGGUCAACUGGCAGAAGAGUGAAAGUGGAGUUAUUGAACUGGUUACAGUGGGGUACUAUGAUGCAUCGUUGCCCAUGGGCCAAGAGUUUCAUAUCAACAGGAACUUAACCUGGGUGGAAGGUGGUACACAAGUACCGGUGUCAGUUUGCUCUGUGAGUUGUCCUCCAGGAACUCAUAAAGUGUUGCAAAAAAGAAAACCCAUCUGCUGCUAUGAUUGUAUACCAUGUCCUGAAGGGGAGAUUAGUAAUAUGACAGAUACUCCUGAUUGCUUCCCGUGUUCCAAAGAGUUCUGGCCGAAUCCAAAGCGAGAUGCUUGUUUCCGCAAACCAGUUGAGUUUCUUUCCUUUAAUGAGGUCCUGUCAAUCAUCUUGGCUGCUUUCUCUGUUAGUGGAGCCUGUUUGGCCAUCAUUACAGCAGUGGUUUUCUAUCAUCACAAAACAACUCCAAUGGUCAGAGCCAACAACUCUGAGCUGAGCUUCCUGCUUCUCUUCUCUCUGACUCUGUGUUUCUUAUGUUCGCUAACAUUCAUCGGAGCUCCAUCUGAAUGGUCCUGCAUGCUGCGACACACAGCGUUUGGCAUCACCUUUGUCCUCUGUAUCUCCUGUGUUCUUGGGAAAACAAUAGUGGUUUUAAUGGCUUUUAAAGCUACACUUCCUGGUAACAAUGUCAUGAAAUGGUUUGGUCCUCCACAGCAAAGAAUGACUGUAGUACUUUUUACUUUUAUUCAAGUUCUAAUAUGUACUGCAUGGUUGGUUGUGAGCCCUCCCUUUCCAAUGAAAAAUCUAACCAGCUACAAGGAGAAGAUUAUACUGGAAUGUGCAUUAGGCUCUGCUGUUGGCUUCUGGGCUGUGCUCGGCUACAUCGGCCUGAUGGCUGUUUUUUGCUUUGUGUUAGCUGUUCUAGCUCGGAAAUUACCUGAUAAUUUUAAUGAAGCCAAGAUGAUAACCUUCAGCAUGUUGAUAUUUUGUGCAGUCUGGAUCACCUUCAUCCCAGCAUACAUCAGCUCUCCUGGAAAAUUUACUGUGGCAGUGGAGAUAUUUGCCAUUCUGGCCUCCAGCUUUGGACUGAUGCUGUGUAUAUUUGCUCCAAAGUGCUUCAUCAUUUUGUUUCAGCCAGAGAAGAACACCAAGAAAUAUUUGAUGAACAAAAACUGA